AUGUGCACCCAAGCGACCACCGGUACCGCCUCCCACCUCGACAGCACCCCCACCUCCGGCCACAACCUGCAACACCUCCUUUUCCAGCUCAAGGCCGCUGAAGAGCAACACUCCGCCCUCGUGAGGCCGCAGAAGGAGUAUGACGACUACACCGACGCAGAUUGGGAUGUAGAGAAACAGAUGAGGGAUCUGAACAUGGAGAUCCACCGGCUGGGCUCGCACAUUCAUGAGCUGGAGAUGGAGCAGCUGUGGGAGAUUGAGCAGGAUGAGAAUGGGGAGGGUGGGGUGGAGCUGGGGUGUGAGAGUGGUGUGGAUCAGGAGAUGCAAGAUAGUGAUGUGGAGGAGGGUGGGGUGAAUCUUGAUAGGGUGGGGAGUCAUAAAAUGCCACAAGAUUCAGACACUGAACCCCCAGCGGUCAAGAAGAACUCUUACCCCAGAAUAUCACAGAACGAAUCACAUAUCCAAUCAAACAACAUGGCCGGCGACGCUGAGCUGCAUCCGUGGGGUUGGAUGGACUGGGAAUACGAGCAAGAGUUGCGGGCCGAGUCCCGUUCCAGAGGCCUGCUCUUGGCCCAUAUGAUAUACCGAGAAUGGUUUGAGAUCGCCAACGAGUAUUGGCAGGAGGAACCAGGCACGAUUACGGGUGGUACCGAUUGGCGUAGCGAGCCGAAAUCCGGCUUAGGAAACAUAUCCUCUUCAUGA